AUGUCCACACGUCAAGGUGGUAAACAAAAACCUCUUAAAGCACCUAAGAAGGAUCGGCAAGAGUUGGACGAUGACGACGUCGCGUUUCGUAAUAAAAUGCGCGAACAGCAGAAGGCUGAAAAGGAGGCCAUUGCGAAAAUGAAGGGCGGAAAGAAAUAA